AUAUUGUAGGGUUUGGCUUAAAAUCUAGAAAUCUACACUAAGUACGAAACGAAACGUAACUUUUUAGGUAAACUGGGAAAAACGAUGUCACUGUCAAAUGUCAGCUUCAGCUGGUUGUCAGGAGCUAUCAGUGUUGUUGUUUUAUUCUUACUUGGAGGUUAUAAACAUUUAAAAAACUUGUAAAUAUAAGAAAAACAGAGCGAUAAAAACGAAUGUAAGUCUACAAAUAUUUUAUUAUAUAAGACGCUUAUAGUAAAAAAAUGGAUAGUGUAAAGCCAGGGUGCUCCAAAGGUAACAUGGAUAAAAUGGAUGUCGAAAAAGAAUUGACCAAUAAAUUUCUCAGUGGGGAAAUGUCAUUUGCUGAAUAUUCUAGCGAAUGGUAUGGUGGCGAUGAUGAAGAAGAAGUAGAAGAUUCUAAUAAAAUAUCAGACGAUGAGUCUCGGCCCUCGUUGCCGCAAGUUGAAAAGAUUGGCCAAAGGCGUCGUAAAUUGACACGCUUAUCUCCUGUUUUAUUAGGUCUAAUGGGAGAGGCAAACUUAAGAUUCGUAAGGGGGGAUAAGGAUACGGCAGAAAAAAUGUGCCAUGAAAUUAUAAAGCAAAUACCAACUGCCCCUGAACCUUAUCAAACAUUGGCACAAAUCUAUGAACAUGAUGCUGAAAAAUCUUUACAAUUUUCAUUGUUAGCAGCACAUUUAAGUCCCUCUGAUGCAAAUGAGUGGCUGAGACUUGCUGCCAUAUCAAAGGAAAGAAGUGAUGUAAAACAAGAAAUGAUUUGUUACACACAGGCCAUAAAAGCUGAACCUUUUAACUUCGACAUUCAUAUGAAAAGAUUGGAUUUAUUAACAUCACUGGAAGAAAUAAAAUAUCCUCUUAACACUCUAAAUGUGACUAGAGUUAAAUGUUAUCAUAAAAUAGUAACUUGCCUGCCAGCAACAGAAGGUGAAAUCAUUAUGAAAUAUGCAAAAAUGGCUGCUACAAUUUACCAUAAUAAUAGAGAAUUAGAACGAGCCACUGCUGUUCUAGAUGCUGCUUAUAAAAAAUGUUCAUUGCUUUUUUCUUUAGAAGAUAUAAAUAUAUUCUUAGAAUUGUUAAUCACUCAGAAGCAAUAUCAAGCAUGCAUUGAGGUUUUUGUUUCUAACCUUGGUAUUGUAAUAGAAGCAGAGAUUCAGACAGUGAAAAAUUCAAGUGAUGAAAUUGAGGAACACACUAAUUACAUAAACUGUACAAUUCCAUGUAAUUUGCCUAUUGAUUUAAAAAGUAAAUUAUUAAUAUGUUUUAUUCAUUUAGGUGCAAUUAGUUUAGUUGAAACUCUUUUGACUGACUUCUUGACCAAUGAUGUAGAAAAAGCUGGCGAUUUGUACAUGGAUAUAGAGGAGGCAUUUUCCUGUGUAGGCCAUCAUGAACUAGCUAUGAAACUUUUGGAACCUCUAAUAAAGAACACAUCUUUUGAUUUAGGAGCAGUCUGGUUAAAACAUGCUGAAUGUCUUUACAACUUAGGGAGGCUGGAUGAUGCUGUAGUGUCUUAUUAUAAAGUAUUAAAACAUGCUCCUCAACAUCCCACUGCCCGUCGCAAGUUGUAUGCAAUUCUAGAACAAAAAGGUUCCAUUGAUGAGGCAUUGGAUAUUUUGCAGCAAGACUAUAAUUAUGUUGUUAGUGCCAAGUUACUUUUAGAUCACUGUCAAGAACUGAAAAAGCAUAAUAAGAUUUUAAAAUACUUGGAGGAUCCGAGCUUUUACCCUAUAUUAAGAUUACUGCUGCCCGGGCUAGAAAGAGAGAGAAGUUCCUAUAAUUUAAGGGAGAAGAGACUUGGCAGUAAAUUAGUACAGGCUCUAGCUUGGGAUGAAAAGUCACCAGCUUCACAAAAGCUAUUGAAUUAUAGAGCAAAUAAUAGAAAUCAAAAGGAUUUUACUACAGUUGUAUGUGACGAAUUAAAAUAUACGGUGUCGGAGAAAUCAACAUUAACAAUAGGAAAUAUUAACGAAAUUCUUGAUAAGAUCGCAAAUGUAGAAAACGGAAAGCCUCCUUCACUCGAACAAGUAUUAACAUCAGUGUUAAAGAAAAUAAAUGUAAAACAAUUGAAAUGGUUAUUGCGGAUAAUUUUGAAAGACAUGAAACUAAACAUGGGCCAGUCUCGUAUAUUUGAAGCUUACGAUUCAGAAGCCGAGUAUAUUUACGAUAAUUGCAAUGAUUUGAAAAAGGUUUGUGAAAGUAUUGAGAAAGGGAACACUCGGCCAUCACAGAUGGGUGUGGAAAUAUUUAAUUCAAUUAGUCCGAUGCUUUUGAGCCCCCUGCCUAUAACCAAAGUGCAUGCUCUCUCUUCCACAAAAACUUAUAUCACAGAAGAGAAAUACGACGGAGAAAGAUUUCAGAUUCACAUGGAAAAUCAUGUUUACAAGUAUUUCACAAGAAGGGGCCAUGAGAGACAUAAUUUUGGGACAAAUUACGAUUCAGGAAUGUUGACACCAUUAUUAAAAAAUUGUUUCGCGCCAAAUGUGAAAAGUUUCAUUCUAGACGGCGAGAUGAUGGGAUGGAAUGAAGAUGAAGAGGAGUUUGGGUCAAAAGGUAUGAAUUUUGACGUGAAAGCCUUGAAGGAUCAUUCGGAAUUCAAACCAAGUUUCUGCGCUUUCGAUUUACUCUAUUAUAAUGGAGUACCUUUAGUUGGUCUACCGGAAAAGGGCGGUUUACCUUUAAUUAAACGUCUCGAAAUUCUCGAUGAACUAUUUGUAGAUAUUCCACAAGUUUUAUUCCAUAGUAAAAGAGAGACUGUCAGAGACAAUUCAGAUAUAGUUGCCGCUUUUAAUAAAUCAGUGGACGAGGAAAAAGAAGGUAUAACAAUCAAAGAUACAGAGUCUUAUUAUCUCGCAAACCGACGUAACGGCGGCUGGUACAAGACUAAAGGCGAAUAUACAAAAAGCACAAUUCAAGAUCUAGAUUUGUUGAUAAUUGGCAAACGUUCAGGACGAUAUUAUGUCGCUUGCCUCGAUAAUUCAGGCGUUAGUCCGCGGUGGUUGUGCAUGGCGGGCGUGGGUCACUUGAGCGCGGCGGCGCGCUGGGCGCUCAACUCCCGCCUGCAGCCGCACUGGCGUCGCCGCGCCGUUCACCCGACGCCCGAUUACCUGCAAUUCAACAAACAGCACGUCGAAUAUUGGAUACCACCUGAAAAAUCUGUCGUCAUACAGAUGCGCGCUUCGGAGUUAGUGAAAAGUGAUAAAUACGGAACGCCGUAUACGCUGCGCUUUCAACGCGUCGUCAAAGUCCGCUACGACAAACCUGUGCAGGACAUUCUGACGUUCAGAGAGUUCGAAGAAAUAGUCGCGUCUGAUUCUAAAGUCGUGAAACUGAAUAAAACUAUCAGCUCAGAUAGUAUAGACAGUGUGGCCAACAUUCCUCACAAGAGGCGGGUAAAGAAGCCUCUGCAGGUCGCGGAGCAGUUCAGGAUGCAGAACACAGGCGAAGUGGUUGUUAAAUCUAAAGCACUUCUCGGUAGAAAUAUUUGUAUACUCUCCGAUGACGAAGAUUGCAGUAAACUAGAACUUAUAAAAAUAUUGGAGGCGCACGGCGGGAAGCAUACAGAACAUUAUGGUGUGGAUACAUGGUGUUGUGUUGCUGGCAGAUUAACAUAUUACGUCAAAAAUCUUAUAGAAUUAAAAACUAACGACGGAUCAAAAAUAGAUAUAGUCAGUUCUGCUUGGCUGAGGAAUUUACCUGACUCAGAUGAACUUUGUUCUUUGUCGCCCUUUGAUAUGUUGUCCGUAAAGAGGGAGACAAGACUUAAAAUGAGUUUACAUUAUGAUAAAUUCGGUGACAGUUACAUCCAGUUUUUAAAUGUUGACAUAUUGAGAAAAUGCUUUGAGAAAAUGGAAAGUGAGAAACCUCUUAUAUAUUUAACAACGCAAGAAAAAUUUAAAGUUGACAAAGCUCUGUUUUCUGAUAACAAUCCAUAUUCAUAUUUGCGUUGCUGUUUCUUAGCUCUUCCCAAUAGCGAUAGUAUUUACGCUAUACGAGCUAAAAUGUAUGGCGCUAAUUUAUGUGAUUUAAACAGUGAAAACGUUACACACAUCGUUUUAUCCAAAAUGGCGUCAAACGAAGACAAAAUGGCGGCAAAAAAGUGCGAAGCUUUUGUAGUAAGCGAAGAAUGGUUAGAUUCGUGCCUUAGAGAAGGAAGACAUGUGUCGGAAAAAUCGUUUUUAAUACAUUAAAAACAAGUUAUAAAAAUC